AUGCGCAAGAUCGCCCGUGGUAGUUUAGCAAACACGUCUUCCAAUCUUCGCAUGGAACAAACUGCUAAAGGUCUGAACAAUCGUUCAGGUGAAGGCCAGACGAUCCCUCACAUGGCAACUCUGCCCCCAGUGCAUUCUAGAAGCGCAUCUGUCCGUCGCGAGAUUGCAUUUCUUCAAGCCCAACUAGAGAAUGUGAAAGGCGAGAAGGAAGAGGUAGUCAAACGCCUUAAGGCUGUCAAAGACGCCGCCAAACGCAGUCUUGAAACAACUUCUAAGAGAUUAAGCGGUCUCGGGGCUGCUAUGGAGGAUCUCAAAGCACAAUCUCUGACAUCCUUCGAGGCAAUAACUCAAGCUCGAUGUACGUUGCCGGAUGUCCAGGAGCUGAAGGCGACUGUCUCCGAAGCGAUUGAGAAGCUUCUCGAAGCCAGGAGCCGCGUUACAGAACUUGAGCUAGGUCAAAGCGCCGACCGGCAGGUGCUGCAGACGUCAACCGCCAACCUGGCGAAUGCAGGCGCAAUUGGCAGCGACAGAAGACCGGUGCAGUCCAAUUCGGAAAGCCAAUUAGAGCUCAAGAAGCUAAUGCAUUAUUGUUGCAGAUGUGCCAACAUGCAGCAACACAUAGACAAUGACUCGAUGAUCAUUCAAGAGCUGCAGCAGAGUGUUCAAGACCACACGACGCGCGAGACUGAGGCUCAGAGGCAACAUGAACAACGUUCCCAUGAGAUCUCCAAGUUACAAACGCAACUCAAAGACAUGCAAGGUAACCUUGAAGACAUGCAGAAAGAGGUCGAGCGUCGCAAUGAAAAGGUGACAAACACCUUCAUGGAACCACAGGUCCUAGAGGAGCGAUUUGAGGACCAGUCAGUUACGCUCAGGAUAACGCGAGAAGCAAACGGUGAUUUACAGGAACGCUUGUUGACCGCCGAGACUUCAUACGCAAGAGCUCGGGACCUAGAGGCAGAAAUUAAACGGCAGGCGGACGGCAUUCAAGCUUUGAAGGAGCUAUAUGAAGAGAAAUUCAAGGAGCGACACGAUGCGCUUCACGCUCAGAUCAACUUCGAGGCCCAACGCGCUGAGCGGGCGGAGGAUGAAAUUACAUCCUCACGGGCACAUACUCAAACGCUUCAAGACAAAUUAGCAGCCAGCGCGGCGGAGAUCAACAAUUUACAGGAACAGCUGAAUAGCGCUAAGAUGCCAGACCCUCGUCAAAUAGAGGAAGUCAAUAACCUCAGAGCAACAGCGGAGGGUGAGAAAACAUUCAUCAACAACCUGAUCCAGACCUCGCAGGCGAUCCACGAGAAAGAACUCAUCGCCAAGGGCAAUGAUCUCCGUCGGAGGGACAACACGAUCAAAGAGUUGCGCUCGAAGAUACAGUUGCUAGAAUCCACCCUGGCUAAACAUCUGCGCACUCAGGCGAAGGCGAAGGCCGCUGCUGCUGCAGUCGAGAAUCGCUCAAUGAUUAAUCCGUUAGCUUGGAAAUCGUCAGAUCUAAGCAGCCCACCUGCAGUCCCCACAGAGAUCCUGGAUCAAGACUUACCAUCAACCAACGUCGACCCCACUGUUACAGCCAAAUCAACGCCUGCACCAUCUCGUCAAGUGGGCCGUGUUAGUCCUGAUACCCUGGCAGCUUCUAUUCACGUAACGGCAUUGCACGAAGCGAGGCCAACAGUCAUGAAGCAUACAAUCACUAUCCCGAAGACACCAGCUGCAGUAUUGCCCGGGUCUUCACAUACGCCUACAGGCGACCGCAACAAGCCUGCGUUCAGCAGACUCGCUAGGGAUUCUUCGGAUGAGAUAGUUGAUUUUGACGAUAUGUCCAGUAGCCAGCAGCCUUUGGCCACCACUCUCGGCAAGAGGGACAAGAUGAGCUCGCCUGGUGAACCUGAGAAUCAAAGCGUGCCGAGGCCAGCCAAACGAGUGCGGACUUCUACGAGAAAGCUCGAAGAGCACGAUAUAAUUGACACGGUAACUGACAAGCCCACGAACCAAGGGAUUAAGAAGACCAAAUCCCGAAGACGCCGCUAA